GUCGCAACUGUUGUGUGUAAUAUCCUUGGUACGGGGCACAACCGGAUGUUAUACGAGUAUAUAUGUUGAUAUGUCUGAUUUCAGUGUUCAUUGUACACUUCUGCUCGUUGCAAGUAUCACGAUUAGUGCAGAAUGGCUCUUGUAUCCGUCGUUGUUGUUGCUGCUGUUGUAACGGCCUGUCUGCUGUACACGUCGUCCCCGGUGUCGGCUCAAGGAACUACAUGUGGCGUUGGGCAGCAGUGUGCCAGCUGUAGUGGCGAUAAAGUGGAUACGUUGCGUUUCCAAUCAGGGAAUUCUGCACAGGUCUGCUGCCCGAACUGCAGGAGCCGCUUCUUCAACUUCGGAGUCUCGCCACGUGGAGCCUACUGUAACUGUAACUUUGAUCGGGUGACUGGCACCGCCAGGAAAGGGGAGGAGUGCUCUGCCCCUGGUAUGACCCGCUACUUCACGCUCAACACAAUGCCCAUCUGUUGCCCCAAUCCACUCGUGGGUGUUCGAGUUCAGCCUAAUGAUGCCAAUGGCAACUUCAUCUUCAACUGUGAAAGUCGUGGGGAUUGCUGGAGGGGGAGUCAGUGCUCCGGCUGCAACCAAAGCUUCGUCGGCAGCAUCAACGGGGUGAACGUGUGUUGCCCCAACUGCGAGGAGCGCGGCCUCAUCCUAGGGUCCGGCGGUUCCUGCAGCUGCAACCGUGGCUAAAAAACACCCAACCCAGACAACAACACUGGAUUAUCUCGAUGACAAAUUCUAAUCCUUCAAACUCUGACCUCUCAUUUACAAGUUGUAUAUGUUUUUUCGUCAAUUCAAUAAAGAAUAACAUUCAAAACAUAUAAAAAA